GAGGUCGCCUAGGCCAUUGAGUGAGCCACACGUUAUUCCUCGGCAUUGCCGCGUUUUGUGUGCAGGAACUACUAGCGCAGGCCUGUGUCGCUCGCAUACACGGUGAUCGCGUCAAUUCAAUCAUCUAAGCUCGCCAAGGCGGUUGAGGAGGAACGAGUCGCUUGGAAACGAAAUUCGUGCUACACAGCGGUGUACAAGUUUACACAGAAAUGUCGGAAUCUGAUCUUUUAGCUAGCGAUCAUAUUGAUGGUUUGGAUGGUCUUGAAAAUGGUCAAGAUGGAGAUGCCAUCAUGCAGUGUGAUGGUGUAAAACGUGAAAUAAAUGAAGCAAAUGUUGACGAUCCUGAGCUGGAGGCUAUAAAAGCAAGGGUUCGAGAAAUGGAAGAAGAAGCUGAAAAAUUAAAGCAGCUUCAAUCUGAGGUGGAUAAACAGAUGAACAUGGGUAGUCCUCCUGGUAUUACAAGCCCAUUAAAUAUGUCUUUGGAAGACAAAAUGGAAGUUGAUAACCGAUCUAUCUAUGUUGGCAAUGUUGACUAUGGCGCCACAGCAGAAGAAUUAGAGCAACAUUUUCAUGGUUGUGGAAGUGUCAACAGAGUGACAAUUCUGUGUAAUAAAUUCGACGGUCAUCCUAAAGGUUUCGCUUACAUUGAAUUUGCUGAACGUGACUCUGUACAAACCGCGAUGGCCAUGGAUGAAUCUAUGUUCAGAGGACGUCAAAUUAAAGUAAUGCCGAAGAGAACGAAUAAACCUGGCUUCUCUAUGACAAACAGGGGUCCCAGAGGUGCACGAGGUUAUCGAGGUAUGACUAGAGGAAUUAUUCGCGGAAGCGCAUAUUUUGGAUACAGACCUACUAGGCGGCCUAGGACUUACAGACGUGGAUAUUAUAUGCCAUAUUGACCAUUUUAAAGCACGAUGACGUUCUACAAAUGUCCAG